GUCGCCAGUGUUGUAACCAUGUCGCGCCUUGUCUGGGGCAGUCUUGCGGCGGUCUUAGCUGCAGUGGCGCUCGGGGUCUUCGGGAGCUACUUGUUGGCCAGUCUAGCGGCCUUGGCUGGACUAGCUGUCUACUGGAACAAAGAUAAUUUCGAUCCAGAAAAAGUACGCGGUGCGACAGUCGUCAUCACAGGCUGCAGUACCGGCAUCGGCGAGGAGGUGGCGUACCAGUACGCCCGGCUGGGAGCAAAGAUCCUCAUCACAGCCAGGAGGGAGAACAGGCUGAAGGAGGUGGUAGCGAAGGCGAAGUCCCUUGGUGCCCAGGAGGCGCACUACGUGGCCGGGGACAUGGGGAAGGCGGAGGACUGUGAGAGAACCAUUCAAGCAGCCAAGGAGAAAUUCGGGCGUCUUGACUACCUAGUCCUCAACCACGGAGGGUCGAACAUCAAGAGUAUCCACGAGGAUUUCGGGGAGAAGUCGUGGGAGGAGGACCCUGACAUGAACUUCUUCGAAGACGUCGUGAACAUCAAUCUCAUAGGUUACGUCCGACUGGCCACCCUGGCCCUGCCUCUGCUGAAGGACAGCAGCGGGCAUAUUGUGGUGGUGUCGGGUCCUCUAGGAAAGGUCCCAGUUCCUAACCUGCACUGGGAGGCCACUGUUAAGUUCGGUGUGGACGGGUUCUUCAGCUGCCUCCGUCUGGAGCUACAGAGGGCCGGACAUGACGUGUCCGUCACCAUGGCUAUACUCGGCUUCACCAAGACGCCGGCGGUGAUUGAAAGACUCCAGAAAACAGAGAAAGGACGCAAGAGGCUGAAGAGGGCCACGCCCAUCGACCAGACGGCCCUGGCCAUCAUCCGGGGCGGGGCGAGCCGAGCCCGGGAGGUCUACUUCCCGGCGUCCUUCUGCUGGACCGUGGUGACGAUCGGCGCCAUCUUCCCCUCCCUUCUCGACAAAAUGUUUGUCAGGAUGAAAAUGUAAAGAUUCUUGUCCGUGAUUUGGGACUGUUGUUUUUCUUAAUCAUAGAUUAGCCGGCGCGCGCACCCACUUAUUCCCGAACGCCAGCCAACCUCCAGCCAACCAUGGUCGAACACCUGAAUGUUUUAAACAUCUUGAUACCUUCGGCUGUUCGCAGAUGUUCUUUCUGAUGAUUCUUCAUUUAUCGUUUUAUUUUUCCGCCGUAAAUUGUGUCCUCUCUCCGCCCAGACCGAAGUCGAAGACAGACUGCGCCGUGCUUCUCUCAAGGCCGCACAACGCAGUAUCAAUGGGCGACCCCUAAGGCUUCUAUGGCGCGGGUAUACAAAGUAGUGCGGACAAAAUUCUUGAAGCCUGGCUAGAACGUUUGAUGUGAGAGGUAGUCAGGAGUAAACUGCACUGUGUGGUACAGAAACGUAUCGCAUUUUGAAUGUGAUUUGGAAGGUGAAGAUUUUCCUGUUCGUGUAUGAAUGAGCCGCAUUACGCAACUGGCUUUCCGGGUGAGUCGGCUGCAGAUCAAUUGACCUCCACCAGAGGGCCAUAAUAAAUACAUUUAUACAGCCAUUUCGUGUGACAGGUUAGAACAUGCAAAAUAACGUUUAUGUCGUACGUUGAAAAAUAUUGGAAAAUGUCACAGAAUGCCAAAAUUCAUUCCAAAAGAGAAGACGAAAAUGUAAAGGAAUGAAAACGUAGAGUCUAUUAUUCACAAUGCCAAUGAAAUAUUACUGUGUGUUUAGUCAUUUGUUCAACCUUCAUGACCGCCUAGUCUUUGUAAAGUUGUAUACCAACCAGAUUUUUGUCUAGACGUUUUCUAAAUAAUUGACCAACAAAAUAGCAGCUACAGGUCGAAAGAUACCCACUAGGGGACUUCUUAUUACUGUUAGAUGGCUUCAGAA